AUGUCGGCCGGUGGUGACGCGCCGGGAGAUCUCGCUCGCUUUUUCGCCCGAGAAGACGGAUGGCCCCGUCCCUUCGAGCGUCGGUCCGCCUCUCACACUCACGUCCGUCCCGUCGCAUCUUCCCGCGCGAACAAACAGGCGGCAUCGAUCAACUCGGCGCUCAUCGGUAACUCCGCCCUCGUCGGCGACGGCGUCUCCAACGGCGGCGGCGACGGGGGGGGCGGAGGAGCCGGCCAACACGGUUCCCCCGGGUCCUCAUUCUCCAAGCAGGAUGCGCGUCGGGCGAGCACCGAUCGGGGGUCCAAGUGGCGCGAGGACGAGCGCGACACGGGAGGCACGCACAGGAGCCGGGGCUGGAAGGACGGAUCCUUCGGCGACAAGAAACGCGACGGCCGCAGGGGCAGGGCGCAGGGCGACGAAGGAUCCCACACAGCUGGCGGUUGGUCCGGGAGCGCCGGCGACAUCCCGGGCCUCAACCGCCGAACGGACUCGAAGGAACCCACCCGGCCGGGCGGCAAGGGGUUCUCCAUGGGCCGGGGCCGGGGCGGCGGUUUGGGCGGCGGCUUGGGCCCGAGGGGCGGCGGCCUGGGCGCGCCCAUCGGGUUCGGCGCGUCUCCAGCUGUGCACGCAACCGACGAGCCCAAGGUUCGACACGGGCCGGUCAAAUACGCGUACACCCGGGAAGACUUGGUGUCGAUGCUCGAGCGCUUGGCGGCCGCGUCAGGGAUGAACGGCGAGCUCCCGCACCCGCCCGACGGCAUCGACCCGGAGACGGUUCCCCUCAAGACGGUCAAGGCUGGGGAUUCGAUGUACGAGCUCACCGUGGAGGGAGCCAACCGCGGGGGCGGGAACGCGAGAAUCUCCGGAAACUCGUCUCGGGAGUGGACCCAAGGAGGAGGAGGAGGCCAAGGAGUCCUGACCCAAGGAGUUCCCGCCCCGAACGGUAAGGUGGGUAAAGAAGUCCCGGAAUGGGCGGACGCGACCGCGACGGGCGGCGGGCCGAACGGCGCCCCCGCGGCUGGCUUUUUGGGAAGCGGCGCCGUGCCCCGUCUGACGGCGAGCGAGCGAUCCGUCGUGUUCGGCGAAUCUCAGACGCCCUCUUCCGACGCCGACGUGGGCGCCUUGGACCGGAAGAUGCACGCCGCCGCGCAACAAGCCGCCGGCGGGUUCUUCGGGCUCGCGCCGGGCGGCGGCGGGAUGGACGGCAAGCUCAUCGGAGCGCUCGAGUCGGACGGCGAAAACACCAACCUGGGGGGCGGACUGGACGACGCCGUCGACCCGCCGCUUCACUCGACGCGGAAUCAAACGCAGAACCAAACGCAGAACCAACAGGGCGUGCCGCCGCCCACGGGCCCGAUCACGGACGCGCCGUGGUUUUACCUCGACCCCAGCGGCACGCACCAGGGCCCGUUUAAGCGCGCCGAGCUCCUCGAGUGGCACGACUCGGGUUACUUCCCGCUGGAUCUGCCGCUUCGCCCCGCGGAUGCGCCGCCGUCGAUGCCGUUCGUUCCCCUCGCCGAGAUGCUGGAGUGCGGCUGGAGGUACCCGGGCCCGAGGGUCGCGGCGCAGAUGCGCGCGGAGCACGAGGCCCAGAUAAAGCAGGCGGCGGCGCAGGCCCGGGAGGCGCAGGAGGCUGCGAUGCGCGCGCGAGCCGAGGCUGAGGCGGCUGAGAGGGAACGCGCGCAGGAGGCGAUGCGGCAACGGGAGGAGGCGGCGCGGCAGCAGCAGAUGCAGGAGAUGCAACGGCAGCAGCAGAUGCAGGAGAUGCAACGGCAGCAGCAGAUGCAGGAGAUGCAACGGCAGCAGCAGAUGCAGCAGCAGAUGCAGAUGCAGCAGCAGAAUGGGCUGCACUUUGGGACGUCGCCCCCGGUGCCCCCGCCGCAACAGGGCGGCCAGACCCUCCUCGCCAACAUCUUCGCCGGAGGCGGCGGCGGAGCAGGAGGAGGAGGAGGAGGAGCGCCCGGAGGACCCGCGCGCGGCGCCGUGUCCCUCGCGGAUCUCGAACGAUCCAUGAGCCUUCCGAUGGCGCCGGCGCCCGGAUCCUUCGACGCGGCUUCGCCCCCGUCGACGGGAGGAUCCGGUUGGCCAAACCCCGCGUCCCAAACCCCGCACUCACACGCGCAGACGCACGCGCACCACCACCCGCACGACACCACGCAGCAGGUUCCCGCGUCACCGCCCGCUAAACCGGCGUGGGGCGGCGCGUCCACGGAACCCCCGGGUGGCAACUCGGGCGUCAAGUCGCUCGCGCAGAUUCAAGCCGAAGAGGAGGCGAGGGCGGAGGCGAGACGUCGCGAGGAGGAGGCCCGGUCGCGGGCGAACGCGCCCGUUAACCCCGUCGUGGGGGGCGUCUGGGGCGGCGGCGGUGGUGGCGGCGGUCCCUCGCUGGCUCAGAUUCAGGCUGAGGAGAUGCGACGAGCGGAGGCGGCGAGAGCCGACGUCACUGCGGGGGCGCACGAAACUACUCGAACCAACGCAGCUCCCCCCGGCGGCGCGUGGGGCGGUAGGCCGUCCGCCGCGGUGUCGCAGCCCCUCCCCGGCGGCGGCGGCGGCGGUGGGUUCUGGGACUCGCUCCCGCCCGCGGCGACGCAACCCCCCGCUGGUCACCAGCGCCCGGGGCUGACCCAGCAGCAGCAGCAGCAGCCGAGGUCCGAGUUUCCCACUCUCGGCGCGACGGCGGCGGCGGCGGCUCGCGCCGGGGGCGGCGGCGGCGGCGGACGCGCAGCGGUCCUCCCCGGCGGCGUCGUCGGGGGCCUCGGCGGCCACGUCGGCCCGGGCGGUCAGUCGGACGCCGGACACCCCACCGCGCCCACGACCAAGGCGCAGUUUCGCGAGUGGUGCAGGUCGGAGAUGAAGGCGCUCCACGGGAGCGACGACACCACCCUCGUGGACUUUUUGGUCUCCUUACCCUCCGCGGGCGAGGUGACGGAGUACGUCCAGCUGUACCUCGGGGACACCGCGAGGGCGGCGGCGUUCGGGAAGGAGCUCAUCCGGAUCAAGCGGACGAACCCGCAGAUCAUGGGAGGUUUGGCGGGGGGCGGAGAAUUCGCGGGCGUGGGUCCCUCCGCGGCGAGCGGCGGGUCGGGAUCGAGCGGCGGCGUGAGCGGAGUUUCGGGCGUUACGAGGGACACGGCCGGCGGGCCGGGCGAGCACGACGGGUGGAGCCAACAGCCGAAGAAGGGGAAGAAGAAGGGGAAGUAAUCUUAGCGGAGUUUCGACUUGAAAGGACGCACACGAGAGACCUGGGC